CUUGCUCUUGCUCUUGCUCUUGCUCUUGUCUUCUCAGCAACAUCACUCGAUCUCCAUUCUCUUGACCUCCUCAUUCACCUUUUUUUUCUUUGGCUGCCAUGAGCACCGACAUGAAAAAGAAUCUAUUCCAGAACGGCUGGGCAGGUCCCUCGGACGAGCAAGCGACCUUUGGAAGCCAAUCCCCAUACGCCUCCACCGCGUUUACACCCUAUCAGGACAUCAGUGGUAGCCCAGUCCCUCCAGAAGAGUACCCAGCACCUUUCCACAUUCCAGCGGAUGCCCCACCAAUGUAUACAAAAGACCCGUUUCCGGCUCCAUCUGCACCUCGACAUUCACAGGAGACCUCUCCUCCAGUAACACGACCGGUUCCAUCACAGGCGCCGCAACAAUAUCCGCACCAACAGCAGCAGCAACAGCAACAGCAACAACAGCAACAACAGCAACAACAGCAGCAGCAACAACAACGCCAGCAGCAACAACAACAGCGGCAGCAACAACAGCAACAUCCACAGUUUAACCCACAGGACAACGUGCCCUACUCGACACCGCCUUUGGGACCACCGGUAACACAGCAUCAACCUUUGCUCCCACCCCAAGAGCAUCAGCUGCAGCAGCAGGAACCAUAUUAUCUGGGAACUGGACCUAACAAUUAUGGGGCGAUCGGUAAUCCGCACUCGAAUCUUAGUAGUGACGACAACUAUAGGACUUAUUCCCUUCCCCAGAUGUAUGGCAAUUCUGAAGACGACGUGCCUGCCCAAAGACGCACCAAGCGGAGAAAGAAGAGGUCGCAGAGCUGCUGUUCUUUCUGCUGCUUGGCGAUCUUGUUGAUAAUCUUUUUGUGCUCCUACUUGAAGAUGUCUAUCACAAUACCAGAUGAUGUUUGUUGGAUCCCCGAAGAGGGCGUAUCGCGCAUCGACACCCAGUUCGUGUCUGCUGCACCCGACCUUUCGCUCAAGUUGGAUAUCGUCGAUAAUAUUAAAGGAAAUGUUCUCAUUAAGGAAUCAGAUGACGCGACCGACGAGAGCAUCCGCAUUCGUGUCGUCUUACGCGCAGCCUCCACAGAACUCCUCCGCGAACUCACCCAAACCCUUACGCGCGACGGAGCCCAGUCGGUGUUCUCACGCAUCCACCUCAGAGAUAGCAACGACAAGGAGACCAAGAAACGACUUAUGCGGCACAACAGCUGUGCCCUAGCGAAUGUCGAGAUCACGUAUCCACGCGCCCGGCCCGGGACGGGGAAAUUGGAUGUUAAGGUCGCGGACGGGGAACUGGUCAUGAGUAUGGACCCUAAUUCGAUCGAGGCCACCUUUGAGGAGGUCCAUUUUGCGGUCUCAAACGGCGGCGUCAAUGUCGAGACAGCGGUCGUGUCGAAGGGGUUCUUUGCUAAGGUCGCGAAUGGACGUAUUCGGGCAGUGAACCUGCGUAGCGCUGGAAGGAUCGAGGCAGAGACCCUGAAUGGGCGGGUGGAGAUGACCGUGGAUACGAAACCGUUGCAUAAGGAUUGGGAUCCGGAGAACUUGAUGAUCCUCCUCACUACUCUGAAUGGAGAUAUUGAUCUGAACUUGGUGCAGCGCUUCUGGGGACAUUUCGAGUUGGUCACGCAGUUCGGAAAAAAAUCGAUUCGGUUACCGGACAACAGUACCGAUAUCAUAAAGUACACGACGCCUAAAAGAGACGAGAUUCAAGGCUGGGUCUCUGCGGAUGGUACAGAGCCCCGGAACGUCGUUCCUCGAUUUGAUCUUAGCACAGUUAACGGAGCUAUCGAUGUUAGGUUCGAAUCACAAAAGAAGUAGAAGACGAAAUUGCCAAAAUACACUAUCG